CCUCGACGCUUUGCAAUUGCCUCUGCGAUAGCUUAUAUUAUACACAUAUAUAUAUUCUGUACCACACGAGCCAAAACGGUCCAUGUCAGUAUUGCACUUGAGUCAAGUAGCUACUAAGUACUAACUUGACCUCGGCUCGAUGUAGACCGUUGACGGUUCCUCUUUGUUGAAACUACUUGCUGUGGUCGUAGUAAUUUUUUUAAGUUUUCGCAUACAAAACAAAAAAAGUAUGGAUAACGCUCCGACAGUUGGUUUUCAUUUUGCUAAUCAGAUUUCACUAAAACUUACAGCCGCUAAUAAUCCAUGGAGCAACAAAUUACUACAGACGGAGGCGGUAAUGCAAGUCACAUGACAGUUGUGCAAGCUAUUCCGUCCUCUAACAAUCAAGUACAAGUUGUACAGGCCGGACAAGUAUUACAGGGUGCAAACGGACAGCAAAUAGUUGUUCAUGCUGUUCCUCAAAAUAACGGAAAUCAACAAUUACAACUACUGCAGUUACCCGUACAGAAUACCAAUAAUAGCCCACUCGUCAUACAACAACAGACCCAAGCACAACUUAUUCAGACACCCGAUGGACAAACCUUCAUAUAUCAACCCGUACAAGUUGAUAACACACAAGCUAUUGCUCAGUCGCAACCACAACAACCGACACUGCUAAAUAUAAAUGGAAAUAUUGUACAAUUGGCUAGUGCCCCUACUAGCAAUUCUCCGAACAUAACCCCAACGACGUCAGCUAUCCCACAGGGUGUUCAACAAAAUCAAAAUAUUGUUAUGAUGGUUCCAAAUAAUACCAGUAACAAUAACAGUCAGUUUCAACGGUUACCUACAACAACGGAAUUUCUUGAAGAAGAACCAUUGUAUGUAAAUGCUAAACAGUACAAACGAAUUCUAAAAAGAAGACAAGCGCGAGCGAAACUAGAAGCCGAAGGGAAAAUACCCAAAACUAGACAAAAAUACCUUUAUGAGUCGCGUCACAAACACGCCAUGAAUCGAAUUCGCGGCGAAGGUGGCAGGUUUCAUUCAGGUUCUCUAAAGAGAAUGAAUAUGUCUAGUAGCAAAAACUUACAAAAUGACGACUGUAACAUACGAAUGGACAAUCACAGUUACCACGUAACUAUUAAAAGACAAAUCGAAGAAGAACAAACUUUACAAACUCACAACGGUUUAGUUUAUAGUAUAAGUGGCUGAUAAGAAAUUAAAAUCUCCCAGAAAACUUUUUGACACUUCUUUGUGAAACCAAAGCGCUUCACUGUUAAAUUUAACUUCUCGAUGUGUUAAUCAAUAUCUUUAAGUUUCCUUUUUUUUUCUAGUAAAUAGUGUUCACCCAAUGAUGACUGUUUAAUAGUUCAUUAAAUCAUAAUGGGUUUUUUUUCUAUACUAAAUUAAGUUUAAAUUGUAAAUUAGUUAAUAAGUGAAAUAUGUGUAAAUACAAUUUGUAUAUUAUCAA